AUGGCCGAAGUCGAAGUCGUCCCCCCAGUACCUUCUGACGCCAUCCCCGAGAGUGGGAGCGAUGUCGAACCCGAAAAUGUGCCUCUCCCUCGCAGUUCCAUGGUAUCAGUGCGACUAUCAGAUAUCCCAUUCGAUCCCGAUCUCGACAUUAUCGGCGAGAAAGACAUGUCUCAGGAGGCCUCGCUGCCUCGCAGUGGCCCGCCCUCGACUCGUACCAGUCGAUCCUCUUCCCAUACUUCCGAGAGCUCGAUUUCGUUAAAUUCAGUCAAUUGGGAGGGUCUUGAAAAGACCGAGGAACAAGAGCACAAGGACGAGGCAACGGAUGAGUCGACAACAUUGUUACUGGCGCGGUUGGAAAAGGAGAACGCAGCGUUAGCCACCAAUCCCAAGGCUGGCAUCACGACGACUUCACGCCCACGCAAAAACACACGGCCUCCUUCAGUACAACAGCUGAAAAGAAUGGUCGAUGGACCCCAGCGCCAAUCUUUGAGGUAUUCGCUAUUGCCUGCUCCUCCAAUGACAGAAUUGGAAUUUUGGGCAGCAUUGGUUCAAGAUUAUACUCAAACAGCUCAACGACUGCCCACCUUAACAUCCAACAAGAUCAGGGGAGGUGUUCCGCCACCACUGCGUGGCGUUGUGUGGCCCAGUAUCGCUCAAGCUCACGACGGCUUUUUACAUUCAGAAUAUCAGAGACUCUCCAAUGAGCCUUCGCCUUAUGACGGUUUGAUCGGAAAGGACGUGGGCAGGAGCUUUCCCAACGUCGACAUGUUUCGAGAGAAGGACGGCGAUGGUCAAAGAAUGCUCGGCAAAGUCUUGAAAGCCUUCUCGCUUUAUGACAGCAAAAUCGGAUAUUGCCAGGGUCUGGGGUUCGUGGUCGGACCACUCCUGAUGCACAUGAGCGAACCGGAAGCAUUUUGCAUCCUUGUUAGGCUUAUGGAAAAUUACGACCUUCGUUCAUGUUAUCUUCCCGACUUGUCAGGGUUACAUCUUCGGAUAUACCAGUUCCAACAACUUCUAAUUCGGCACUUACCCGAACUGGCGGCUCAUCUCGAGGAGUUAAAGGUUGAACCGCUAUAUGUGUCACAAUGGUUUUUGUCUUUUUUUGCCGUCACCUGCCCACUUCCUAUGCUGCUCAGGAUUUACGAUGUAAUACUGUCUGAAGGGGCAACAGAAACGCUGAUGAGGGUUGCCUUGUCGCUGAUGCAACGGAACCAGAAAAAGCUGCUCGCCUCGACCGAAUUCGAGGACGCCAUGCAGUUUCUUCUGUCGAGGAGCCUCUGGGACACUUAUGCACAACAUGCGGACGAUCUGGUGUCGGACUUUGUGUCAUUGACUGGGUUGGUGAGCCGAGAGUCUCUUGAUUCACUGGAGGCAAACUUCAGGCACUCGCAAAACUUAACGGCGGCGCCCUCUUUAAAGAGUGCAGUGUCGUCCUUCUUGGGCCGAUUCUGGGCAGGCUCGUCACAUACGCCUUCUAGAUCUCAGAAUCUGAGUCUUAUGAUUCCAGGAAAUAACAAGUCGGUGCGAAAAUCAUCUUCUGGGCAAAGUUUAACAUCGACACUCAACUCGCUCGAGACAACCAACACAGACACUAGUACACUUGCCACAGAGAUGUCGGAUGAAGCACCGCCGAAAGCGACUGUAUCCGCUGCCACCAGCGUCCAUUCAGCAAUCGUCCCUACUCCUGAUUCGAGUAAUCGAAAUCUCCAUCAUCAGAUCGAAGAUCUGCUCACGGAACUUUCCAAAGUCCAACGACAACAUGUCGAGCUGGCCCAAGAGCUUCAGAGAGAACGAGAAGAGCGAGAAGAGGAUCGGCAAAUUGCACGAAAAGUGCUGGAGCAACUACGACAGCAGACCACCAAUAUAAGAGAAUUGGCAGAAAUGGACAGCUCGGAAGCCACGGACGAGGAUGCGGAGCUUGACAUCCUCAUGGCUCAAGCUGAAUGUCAACUGUGUCGCGACGGCUCCAAGCGGCUGUCCGUUUCGCAGUCCAAACACCAGCUUCGCGAUGCGGUUUCGGAGUGGAAGGAGAAGCAUGACGCCGAGGUGACAAAGUGUCGAGAUCUCAUGAGACAGCUCGACGAGCGAGAAGCAGAACACAACACCCUCAAAGAUCAGCUGCGAGAUGCUCGAUCUCGGAUUCAAGAUGCACAUCGUGACAAGCAGCGCUUGGAAAGAACCGUUAGCGAGUUGCGCUCCCGUAAUAACUCAGUGCCAGAGUCACCUGCCGACCUCUACACUCCCGUCAAUGAAUUUCCCGACCUGAAGUUACCUCCUCCAAAAUCUGGGUUGCGAGAGUUGAGAUUGGGGAGGCCGGAAGCGACCAGGUCAAGCAGCGUUGGUCCGUAUUCGAAACGUUCAAGCAGCCUCAACACCCAAGCGGUCCUUGCCACGGAAAACCACGAGCCCAUGUCUAAUGACGCCCUGCUGCUGGAGCUAGUGAACGCCAAGACAGCUGAGGCAGUCGCACGACAGGAGCUGGAGGAGACCAGAGGGAAGCUAGAUGCUUUGCGAAAGAUCUUGGGUGGAGCGACAUCCUCUCCUACAGCACGAGCUAGCACGACCGAGUCGCCAACAACGCCUGCCGUGGCGUCAAGUCAAGGGCCAAAGGAACCUCCCAAAUCUACCCACGCGCCUACGGCGAGCACCGGAGGAUUUUUCAGUGGAUGGGGGAAGAGAGGGACCUAA